AUGGAUCCGUGUCCUUUCGUGCGGAUUGCCAUCGGAAACCUCGCCCUGAGGUUUUCCGAGGGAGCUCACCUGGGUUCCUUGUCGUAUUACUGUAGGUUCAAGCUCAAGGGCUUUCCCGCCCAAUUUUCCGACGUCCCCUUUCUUGGCACGGGGAGCGACGCCGUCGAGAGCAGGAUCCACGCCUGCUUCGCCUUGAAGAGGUCUGAAUUGGAGAAAUUGGCGGAAAAAUCGAGUAAAAAUUGGUGCCUGAGGGUGGAAGUACGCCGGCGGAGCGGCGGCGGCGGUGGGUUUUGUGGGUUCGUCGGCGGUGGUGGCGGAAGAGGUGGCAAGCUACUGGGCUGCGUUCUGGUGCAAUUGGAUUUAAAGAGUGUUUUGGAGAAUUUGGGGAGUAAUUGUAGUCGGGCCUGCGUGGUUCAGAAUGGGUGGGUUUCGGUCGGUGGGGCGGAUGCGAAGUUGCAUAUGAACGUCCGGGCCGAGCCCGACCCGAGAUUUGUUUUCCGUUUCGACGGGGAGCCGGAGUGCAGCCCCCAGGUUUUUCAGGUGAAUGGGAAUGUGAAGCAGCCGGUUUUCACCUGCAAGUUCGGGUUCAGAAAUUCCGGGGAAAGGGUUUUGAGAUCCAGAUCCGCUCUAUCCGAACCGAGCACCUCAUCAUCCAGCUGCUUCACCCCCGGGAAAUCGAAAUCAAAAUCGGACGAUCAACGGUCCACAAGAGAACGCAAGGGCUGGUCCAUCACGAUCCACGACCUUCAAGGCUCCCCCGUAGCAGCCGCUUCUAUGGUCACCCCUUUCGUCCCAUCCCCAGGCUCCGACCGGGUCAGCCGCUCCAGCCCGGGCGCCUGGCUCAUCCUCCGACCCGGCCAAGCCACCUGGCAGCCAUGGGGCCGUCUCGAGGCAUGGCGAGACGGGCCACGACUCGGUUACCGUUUCGACCUUGUACCCGAUGGAGGCAGUGUCGACACGAUCCCGCUCGCCAGCUCGACAGUCGACGCGAAGGCCGGUGGGAAGCUGAGCAUCGACGUCACGACGGGCCACACGCCGCUGGCGAGCCCUAACAGUAGCUUUGACUUUGGGUCGGGUUCAGGUUCAGGUUCAGGUUCAAGUUCGGAUUCUGGGUCUGGAUCGUGGGCUCAUCUUUUGUAUCGGGGGUUUGUGAUGUCAUCCACGGUGGGAAGGCAGGGAGGGCCGGAGGUGGAGGUUGGGGCCCCACACGUGACGUGCACGGAGGAUGCGGCCGUUUUUGUGGCGCUGGCGGCGGCUAUGGACCUAAGCGUGGACGCUUGCCGGUCGUUUUCGGAGAGGCUGAGGAAGGAGCUGAGGCAGUCGGAUCCUGAAUAG